AUGUCCUUGACUCUUGAAAACGAAAUGAACGUUGAAAUUACUCCAAACGUGGCCGAUUCUAUCCCUUCUGUUACUGAAAAGGUUGGGGAUGAAGCUGGUUCUCAACAAGUUGAACAAGAGGCUCCUAAACCUAAGGUUUUGCCUUCUUUGAAAGAUUUGCCAUCUUUGGGUUCUAACGCAGAUUUGGCUAGUACAAAGGUUGCUUGGGGUCCAAAUGUCAAACCUGCUGCUGCCCCUGCAAUCUCUUCUUCCUCUUCGCCUUCUCCUUCGGCUUUGAACCCUGGUUCUAGACCAAUGCGGUCAAAGACUAUACAGGAGGCUUUCACUUUAGAUUUGCAAUCUCAGUUGUCUAUAAGCAAGCCUGAAUUCUCACGUAUUGUUCAAUCGGUUAAGCAAAAUCAUAAGGUUUCUGUUGAGUCCACUCUCUCCAAGAACUCUCGUACUUUUCUGAUCUCUGGUGUCCCAGCAAACGUGUACGCCGGUAGAAGAGAACUGGUUAGAAAAUUGACUAGACCAAUUACCGAUGUCAUUCAAGUGCCUUCCAACUCCAAGGCAGCUAUUAUUGGUUCCGGUGGUAAGAAUAUCCGCGAGAUUCAGGACUCUUGUGAUGUGAAGAUCAAUGUCGCUAAGGAAAAUAAUCCAGACUCUUACGACGAGGAUUUGAACGAUUACACUGCUGAUGUGUCCAUCCAUGGUGAUAUUGACUCUGUUAAAUUGGCUAAGGAAAAGAUUUUAAAUAUUGUUAAGGACGAGAACAAGCAUGCUGUGAUUACUUUCCCCGUAGAUGACGCUAAAGUUUUAUCCUUCAUUGAUUUGUCUGAUUUGAACACCAAAGAUGAUGUCAAGGUUCAAUUCAACAAGGAUAAUAACACUGUUUCCAUACAGGGUCCAAGAGAGGAGGCUAAGAUCGCCAAACAAGACGUCAAAGAUUACUUGGCGAAGUUGUCUAAUGAGAUUGCUAUCGAACAAGUUGCUAUCCCAACAAAGUUCCAAUUCUUGAUUGAUGCCAAGGAGAUUAAAGAGAAAUUCAAUGUUAUCGUUGAAUUCUCAAACAAAGCCAAUGCUGAUACAGUUUCAUUCGUCGGUCCCCGCUCUAAGGUUAAUGAAGCCAUUGAUUUCGCUAGAUCUUCAUCCAAGACUUACACAGUCGAUACUUUGGAUAUCUCAAAAUCUCAUGGUAAGAAUCUGGCCCACGCCAAGAACUUGGCUCUAUUUUUUGCGAAGUACAACUAUUUGAAGGGUUUGCAAGAGGCUCAUCCAACGAUCAAAGUUGUGCUACCAACACCAGAAGCAUUAGCUUUAUCUGAUAACGUCAGCAUUCACAUCAGCGGCAAGGCUGACCAAAAGGAGGAGAUCAAGGCUGUUCGUAAGGAAUUGAUCGCUCUGGUCAAUGACAUUACUCCGCUAGAUACUACCAUCGUCGAUGAUGUCGACUAUGAAUUAUUUCACAAGGAAAGUAAACAUGCAUUGUUGGGCCAAGAAGAAAACGCUGCUUUUGUUCAGUUCGGUGACUACUACUCUGGUAACGAUGCCAUCUUAUUGGUGGCUUUGACUUCCAACGAUGAUUUCAAGCCAUCGGCAGAGGAGAUCAGCGAAACUUUGAGUGAAGUCAAUGCAAGCUUGGACGACAUCCGUAAGAAGCAAAAUGCUUUGGAAACCAAGACUCUUGAAAUGGCUCCUGAGACUCAAGAUUCUUUGCUUGGUGAAAGUAGCGCCACUUUGAAAUUGAUCUUAGAAGAUGUCAGCCAGGAAGAAGGCCAUUUACAAAUCAAGCUGCACUCCCCAGAUGAAAGCAAGGUCACUUUCCGCGGUAAUGAAAGAGCAGUCAACAUCGCUAACAAGGCUGUCGAGUCGAUCUUAAAGUCUCCAUCGAAGAAGUUCAAGGACACCGUUGAAGUUCCUGCCAAUGCAGUCUCCAGAUUGAUUGGUACUAAGGGUGCUAAUACUCAGCAAUUACGUCAAAAGUAUGAUAUUCAAAUUGACGUACCAUCCGAAAGUGAUGGCAAAAAGCCUGUUUUGGUUACAUUGACUGGUUUGCAAUACAACGUUGAGCGCGCCAAGGCCUUCAUCAUCGCUGAGGCAAAGAAAUGGGCAGACAUCAUCACUAAGGAGCUUAUCGCAGCUCCAAAGUACCACCGUAACCUACAAGGCCCUCAAGGUGCUUACCGUAACCGUUUACAAGAAAAGUAUAACGUCAAGAUUUUCUUCCCAAGAAAUGAAGAGGUCGUCACCAUCAGAGGUCCUUCCCGUGGUGUCGCAAAGGCGUACCAAGAAUUGGAGGCUCUACUUGAUUUCGAAAUGGAAAACGGUCACAAGUCAGUUGUUAAGGUGCCAGCUGAGCACGUCCCAAGAAUCAUUGGUAAGAAUGGUGACAUGAUCAAUGAUAUAAGGGCUGAAUAUGGUGUGGAAAUGGACUUUCUACAAAAGGCAACCGAUCCUAAGGUCCAGGAGACAGGUGAAGUUGAAUUAGAAAUCACUGGUUCCAGAGAAUCCAUCAAAAGUGCCACAAAGAAGGUCAAUGACAUUGUUGCUGAAGCAUCUGACUUUGUUAAGAAGUCCUUGGACAUCGACUCGAAGUACCACAGAACUAUUGUCGGUAGCGGUGGUCGUAAGUUGAGAGAAAUCAUUGCUGCGGCAGGCGGUGACGAGUACAGAAACAAGAGCAUUGACGUUCCUAACGCAAACUCCGAAUCCAAUGUAAUUAAGGUUGAAGGUCCUAAGAAAUUCGUUGAUAUUGUUGUUAAGGAAAUCAACAAGAUUGUUGAAGAAGGUGAAAAUAGCAUUGAAAAGGAGCUUGAUAUCCCUACCGAAAGACAAGGUGCAUUGAUUGGUCCAGCUGGUAUGGUUCGUCGUCAAUUGGAAUCUGAAUUCAGCAUUACUUUGAACGUUCCAAACAAAGGAGAAACUGGUAAGGUUACUAUUGUAGGUUUGCCAGCCAAUGUUGAUAAGGCUGAGAAGAAGAUUAUUUCAGAAAUUAUCAGAGACAACUUCGACCAUGAGGUUUUGGUGCCAGCUAAGUUGCAUGAAUUUGUUUCCGAACGUGGUGCCUUUAUUCAAAGCUUAAGGAACGAACACUCAAUCAAUGUCAGACACGGCAACGAAGCAAAGAGGGCCAACAAAAUAUCUCGCAAGGCUUUGAACAUUCCAGUGGACAGAUUGCGUGGUUCAGACGAAGACAAAUUGAAGUUCACUGUCGAAGAGAUCACUUCUGAUGAGUCCAGCGAAGAAGGACAAGUCCCUUGGAGAUUGGCUUACGAUCCAGUGGACUUGAGCGCCAUCCUUGGCGAAGGCGAAGAGGAAGAAGGCGCAAAGAAGUCUGUCGAAAAGGAUGCUGCUUCUAGCAAGAAGGCUGCUAUCGAUGCUGCCGUCAAAGCUAUUGAAGAAAGAAUUGCUUUGGCUCCUCAGGCCACUUCCGUUGGUUAUAUCUGGAGUUCAGACCCUAAGAAGUUUAACAAGAUUGUUGGCCCAGGUGGUUCUAAGAUCAAGGUGAUCAGAGAAUCUUCAGGUGCUAUCAUCAACGUCCCAAAGAGAUCAGACAAAGUCAACGACAUUGUGUAUAUUAGAGGUACUGCCGAUGCUGUCAAGAAGGCCGGUGAGUCCAUCCUAAAGACUCUGAAGAAUUAA